CUUUACGGAAGCACCGGACUUCAGGGCGGCGUUGCUCCCAUUCCUGACACCAGUAAGGAUAGUGCCGAGGUGAAGAAGUUCAAGGAGGUCAACGGCCAAGAUGCAGAUGCCAGCCUUGGUGUGUAUCUCGACUUUGACAGCGUCGAUGAGCCGCAACCCAUUCGCGGUGCUUUCGGUGGCACUGAUGCAGGCCCUCGCACCUUUGAAUACGAAAAGUUAAACCCGGAUCUCUUCGCCGCUCCUGGCACAGACUCUGGUGCUGUCCCAAACGCCGUUUGGCCCCUUGGCCUUUCUCACAACCGCCCAGGUGCUUCUGGUAGAGCUGGUUGGGCUCGUCAGCAAAACACUGCUGUGCUUCCCAUUGCAAAGGAUAUGGCUGGUGUCGAUAUGAAGCUGGAGCCUAACGCCUACCGCGAGCUCCACUGGCACACUGCUGGCGAAUGGUCCUUGAUUCUCAAGGGUUGUGUUCGAGUUGCGGCUAUCAACGACGAGUCCCAGAGCUUUGUCGACGAUCUUUGCGAGGGUGAUGUUUGGUUCUUCCCCGCUGGUGUUCCUCAUUCCAUCCAGGCAUUCGAGAACGGAGCCGAGUUUUUGCUUGUUUUCGACCAGGGCGACUUUGAUGAGAACGGGACUUUCCUCAUCACUGAAAUGUUUGCGCGCACUCCUCGCUCCGUUCUGUCCAAGAACUUCCGCGCCCCCGUCGAUAGCUUCAAGAACCUGCCAGAAAAUCAGCUCUACAUCUUCAACGGAACGCCCCAGCCCAAAGACAUUAGCAAACAAAACAUUACCGCCCCUGGAGGCUUCCUGAGCGGCCCCAACGGCUACACCUAUCACUGGUCCCAGCAAAAGGCGUACGAAGUGCCUGGUGGCUCCGUCAAGAUUCUGGACCCAACGACAUUCCCCAUUGCCGCCAAAUUCUCCGCUGCUCUUGUCACUAUCCAGCCUGGUGCUAUGCGAGAACUCCACUGGCAUACCACCUCGGACGAGUGGGACUACUUCCUUCAGGGCUCUGGCCGUGCUACCAUCUAUGCUGCGCCGAGUGCUGCCAACACUUUCGACUUCACCGCUGGCGACGUUGGAUAUAUCCCUCAGGCUGAUGCCCACUAUAUCGAAAACACAGGCACUGAGGACCUCAUCUUCCUUGAGGUCCUGCAGGCUCCAAAGUUCUCUGAUAUCUCUGUCGCUCAGUGGCUUGCUUUAACGCCAGAGCAGACGAUCAUUGACCACUUGAACAUCUCGGCUGAGGUCCUCGAGGCCCUACCCAAGGAAAAGACAAUUAUCAAGACCGGUAACGCCAAUCUCACUGAGGUUGUCAAGACUGGCAAGGCGUAUUAA